UUUGCUUUGUGUUGUUCGGUUCCUAAAUGUAGUUUAAAUAUAAAAUAAAGCUUUAUUUUACAAUAUAAUGUGUUACAAUGGCCUCAGUAAAAGUAGCUGUGAGGGUUCGCCCGUUCAAUCAAAGAGAAAAGGACAUGAAUGCAAAGCUUAUAGUGCAGAUGGACGGGAAGAAAACCAGACUUCUCACUGUAAAAAAUAGCAAAGAACAAAAUGAUGGGACUCGGGAGAAGUACAAGGACUUCACUUUUGACUACUCUUACUGGUCUUACGACCACAACGACCCGCACUAUGCCUCACAGGAGCAGGUAUUCUCCGACCUGGGUCUGGACGUGAUCGAGAGCGCGUUCUCGGGGUACAACGCGUGCGUGUUCGCGUACGGCCAGACCGGCAGUGGCAAGACAUUCACCAUGAUGGGCUCGCCGGAGUCGCAGGGUCUGAUCCCGCGCAUCUGCCGUCAGUUGUUCUCGCGCGUGGCGGCGGGCAAGGAGGGCGGCGCCUCCUACCGCACCGAGGUCAGCUACCUCGAGAUCUACAACGAGCGGGUCAAGGACCUGCUGGCGGCCGACGCGGGCCACAGCCUGCGAGUCCGCGAGCACCCGCAGCGCGGGCCUUACGUCCAGGACCUGUCCAAACACCUCGUGUCGGACUAUGAUGAUAUACAGGAGUGCAUGCAACGCGGCAACCAGCAGCGCACCACGGCGUCAACGCAGAUGAACGACGUGUCGUCCCGCUCGCACGCCAUAUUCACCGUCACCUUCGUGCAGGCCUCCUACCUGCCGCACAACAACCUGCCCAGUGAGACCGCCUCUAAGGUCCAUCUUGUGGAUCUCGCUGGCAGCGAGCGCGCGGACGCGACGGGCGCGACGGGCCAGCGGCUGGUGGAGGGCGCGCACAUCAACAAGUCACUGGUUACGCUUGGCUCCGUCAUCUCCGCGCUCGCCGAGGCCGCGCACACUGACAGUCGUAACUCAAAGUCGAAGAAGGUGUUUAUUCCGUACCGUGACUCCGUGCUGACAUGGCUGCUGAAAGACUCGCUCGGUGGCAAUUCCAAGACCAUCAUGAUUGCCGCGAUCUCGCCGGCGGACGUGAACUACGGCGAGACGCUGUCGACGCUGCGGUACGCGAACCGCGCCAAGAACAUCAUCAACAAGCCCACCGUCAACGAGGACCCUAACGUCAAGCUCAUCCGCGAGCUGCGGCAGGAGAUCGACAAGCUGCGCGCGCAGAUCGAUCACAAUACGGAUCCCGUGCAAAUGGAGCCGGCGAUGCUGGCGACGCUGCAGCGGAAGGAGGCGCAGGAGAAGGUGCUGACGGAGCGGUGGACGGAGAAGUGGCGCGAGACGCAGCAGAUCCUGCAUGAGCAGAAGGCGCUGGGGCUGCGCAAGAGCGGGCUGGGCGUCGUGCUCGACUCCGACAUGCCGCAUCUCGUCGGCAUCGACGACAACUUGUUGUCUACCGGCGUCACGCUGUAUCAUCUCAAGGAGGGCGAGACGGUGAUCGGCAGCGCGGAGCUGUCCCCGGCGCCGGACAUCGUGAUAGCGGGCGCGGGCGUGCUGGCGCUGCACAGCCGCGUCACGCUGCGCGACGGCGAGGCCACCAUCUGCCCGGCGCCCGGCGCGCAGUGCUGGCUCAACACCGUCCCGCUCGACCGGCCCGCUAAGCUCAGCCAGGGCUGCAUCCUGCUGCUGGGCCGCACCAACAUGUUCCGCUACAACGACCCCGCCGAGGCCGCCAAGCUGCGGCAGGAGGGUGCGCACGCCAUGAACCUGUCGCGCCUGUCCCUGCUGUCUUGGUCCGCCACCGACCUCGCCGCCUCCACUGAGAACCUCAACGCUACGCUCUCAGACCUGGAGAGCGAGAUCCGGUGCGACCGUCUGUCGGCGCAGCGCGCGGAGCUGGAGCGCGAGCGGCAGCAGUUCGCGGCGCAGCAGGAGGAGCGGCAGCGGCGUUGGCGGGCCGAGCGCGAGCAGCUGCGGCAGGCCCAGCAGCAGUUGGACGAAGAGCGAGCAGCUAUGGAAUCGGAGUACAGCGCGGCGUGCCGGCGGCUUGCGGGCGACUGGCGUGCGCUGGAGCGGGGCUGGGCGGUGCGACGCCGCGCGCUGCGGUCCCGACAGCGGGAGCUCAGCGCGCGCGCACGAGACCACAAACACCAAGCCGCCGACGUCGCCGCACAGAUUGAGAAAGAGGACGCUGUGGUAAGCGAGCUGCAAGCGCAGGUUGACGCCAAGAAGAAGGAUUUGGAGGAGUUUAUCGAGAAAAAAAUAAGCGAACUCGUCGCCAGGGGGGGCGACUUGGAGAGCUUCGAGGCGAGUCCGGACAGCCCGGCGUCGGAGACGUCGACGGAGUGCCUGAUGCACCUGCUGCGGCAGUGCGAGCCUGUCGCCGCCGACGGCAUCACGCAGACCGUCGAGAGACAUAAACGCGAGCUGGACGAGCUGUCUCGCGAGCUGUCGGGGCGCGUGGCGGCGGUAGCGGCGCGGCGCGUGAAGCUGGAGCGGCUGCACGCCGACCUCGCGCUGCUAGCGGCGCGGCAGCGAGGCUUGGCACGCGCGCUCGCCGUCUCCGAGUGCGAGAGCGAGGUGCCGUCGUCGGAGGGCAUGAAGCGCAGCAAGUCGGAGCUGGUGCUGCGGCGCCGCGACCCCGCGCCCCGCCCCCCGCCCUCGGACACGCUCUCCGCUGACGAGCGCGACCACUACCGUGCUAAGCGGCUCAGCCUCAGCCUGAGCCUGGAGCCGCUGCCGCUGGCGGGCUCGGAGCUGCAGAGCCCCGACACGUUCCACACGGCAUCGUCGUCCCCGCGCCAGCCGCUCUCUCCCGAGGAGGCCCCCACCGAGGCCCCAAGCGAGGGCCCCACCGAGGCCCCGUCGCUACGCGGGGCCCAGUCCGAGUCGUCGCUACCCACGCCCUCCACCACGGAGGCGUCGGCGCUGCCCAGCGACCCCGCCCCUGACUUCCGCCUGGGGCCGGCCGAUGAUAGCGACGAGCUGUCCAGCACGGAGGAUUACAAUAGGAAUCGCGUGGUGGAAGGCCAAUCUUCGUCGUCAGUUGAGCGGUCGCCGGAGGAGCGUCCGCGCGCGCGCUACCGGCGGCGGCUGGAGGCGCGCGGGCGGCGGCCGGCCACGGAGGCCGAGGCGCUGCGGGCAAUGCAGCGGCUGUGCACCCGCAUCGCCGCACAGAAGACUACCGUCAUACAGAGCCUGGAGAACGACUGUUCGAAGGAGGAGCUUAAUCGUCAGAUUGCGGUCUUGCAAGAGCUUCAAAAGAAGUACGUGCGUCUAGAGAUGGCGCUUCAGUACUCGUUGUUCGAGCGCGAGCGCGCGCGCGCCGUGCCGCCCAUACAGGAGACGCCGUCGCUCACGCCCAGCGAGACCGACCCCCCGCCUGCUAAUGGACACGCAGAACCGCUGCGACUGGGGAACAACCAGAACGAGGUGGAGGCGUCGGACAACAUGUCGACGUCAGCAGACGAGCUGCCCACGUGGUCGGACCCGCUGCGCGCCGUGGGCCCGCCCCGUGUCGACACCGCGCACGCACACACGCACGACGAUGACGUCACAGAAAUACCGCCCACCAUAUCGAACUAUCCAGUCGAUGGUCUCUAUCAUCCAAUCAAUUUUGCGGAUGUAGUAUGCGUGCCGGGGUGGGUGACGCGGGGCGCGGGCGCGCGCACGCACCACGAGUACGAGGUGCGCGUGCGCGUCGGCCGCGUGGCGUGGCAGCUGCUGCGCCGAUACCGCCGAUUCCGAGACCUCUACCUCGGCGCGCGUGCGAUAUACGGUGACAAGGUGGCGGCGAUACCGUUUCCCGGUCGCGCGCUGUGGUCGUCGGAGGCGCUGGCUCGCGCGCGCCGCCCGCAGCUGGAGCAGUUCCUGGUGCGGCUGCUGAGCACGUGCGCCGCCGACGCGCGCUGCCCGCUGCACGCCGACCCGCUCACACGCGACUCACUCGUCGCCUUCUCGCCCUUCUUCCGCAAGGGCGUGUUCGAGAGCGGCAAGUGCGGCACGGGAUGAUACCGCGCGGAGGUGGUGCGGGCGGCGCUGGGGCGCGAGGCGGCGCGGCUGGCGCGGGCG